GGCGGCGGCGGCUAGAAAGGGAGCUUGCCGGGGGGGCGAGCGGGACGGGACGAAGCCACAGUGGAGGUGGCGGAGGAUUCGCUCUCGGAGCAGCUGUGGCCAGGUUGGAAAGAGGCCGGGGCAGCUGGGUAUAUGAGUGACCUAAAGCUGCAAAUUGAAACGGAGAGAGAGCAGUGCCAACUGGGAGCAGGGCAAGGAUGCCAAUUCCUCCUCCCCCUCCACCCCCACCUGGUCCUCCUCCACCUCCCACUUUUAAUCAGGCAAGCACAGUACAGCCCAAGCUGAACAGAGAUGAGCAGCGGGGUCGAGGUGCCCUCUUACAGGACAUUUGCAAAGGGACCAAGCUGAAGAAAGUGACCAACAUUAAUGAUCGGAGUGCUCCUAUCCUUGAGAAGCCCAAAGGAAGCAGUGGUGGUUAUGGCUCUGGAGCAGCUGCCCUGCAGCCCAAGGGAGGUCUCUUCCAAGGAGGAGUGCCGAAGCUCAGACCUGUGGGAGCCAAGGACAUUUCAGAGAACCUAGCUGGUAAGCCAGCCCUACAAAUCCCCAGUUCUCGAGCUGCUGCCCCAAGGCCUCCAGUGUCUACAGCCAGCAGCCGCCCUCAAGAUGAUACGGACAGCAGCCGAGCCUCGCUCCCAGAACUGCCCAGGACGCAGAGACCCUCUUUACCGGACCUCUCUCGGCCUAAUACCACCAGCAGUACCGGCAUGAAGCACAGCUCCUCUGCCCCUCCUCCGCCACCCCCAGGGCGGCGUGCCAACGCACCCCCCACACCUCUGCCUCUGCACAGCAGCAAAACCCCAGCCUACAACAGAGAGAAACCUUUGCCACCAACACCUGGACAAAGGCUUCACCCUGGUCGAGAUGGACCUCCUGCUCCACCCCCAGUCAAGCCACCUCCUUCCCCUGUGACUAUCAGAACAGGACCAAGUGGCCAGUCUCUGGCUCCUCCACCACCGCCUUACCGCCAGCCUCCUGGGGUCCCUAAUGGACCCUCCAGUCCCACUAAUGAGUCAGCUCCUGAGUUGCCACAGAGACACAAUUCUUUGCAUAGGAAGACUCCGGGGCCUGUCAGAGGCCUGGCACCUCCUCCACCCACCUCAGCCUCCCCCUCUCUACAGAGUAAUAGGCCACCUCCCCCAGCCCGAGACCCUCCCAGUCGAGGAGCAGCUCCUCCACCCCCACCACCCAUGAUUCGAAAUGGUGCCAGAGAUGCUCCCCCUCCCCCACCACCAUACAGAAUGCAUGGGUCAGAAUCCCUGAGCCGAGGAAAGCCCCCACCUCCGCCCUCAAGGACACCAGCUGGGCCACCUCCUCCUCCACCACCACCCCUGAGAAAUGGCCACAGAGAUUCUAUUACCACUGUUCGAUCUUUCUUGGAUGAUUUUGAGUCCAAGUAUUCCUUUCAUCCAGUAGAAGACUUUCCUGCUCCAGAAGAAUAUAAACAUUUUGAGAGAAUAUAUCCCAGCAAAACAAACCGAGCUGCCCGUGGAGCACCACCUCUGCCACCCAUUCUCAGGUGAAGCCUGGCUUGGUCCUGUUCUUCAGGAAAAGGAUGGACCUUCUCCUCUUCUCAGAUGGUCCCUUCCAUUCCCCUGAAACCUGCAUGAGAGCUCCUGACGUGUUUCUCCAGUGCAACCAACCCCUAGACUCCAAGCGUCCUUCCAGCUCACCUCCAUCUAUGCAUCUCGUCUCUGGACUUGGUGACCGGACUCUUUAUCUUGGCAGGAGGGUCUGAGACCCUGCGUUCAUUCUUCCUCUUAACAGCCCUGCUAGCCACAUGAGGAAGAAGCUUUCAUGUCUCCUGUUUCCUCUUGGGGAAAGGUGCCUUGUUGUGAUGAGUUAGCUUAUUGUUGGGGCAGGGUAGAGAGUGGUACUCCUACCUCCCCCUAUGGGGAAGCUUGGCAGGUAUCUUGUGUUUCAUCAUUUAGGAGGCUGGCAUGGCCAGGACUUCUAGGGGGUGGGGUAGACAUUUUCAGUGAAACAGGAAAGGAGUUUGCAGACAGCAUGAUCUGUUUUAAAGGUCAGGUUUGGAGAAAGGGCAAGGAAACGGGACUGCUUUAUUUCUAGGGAUAUUUUUUAUUUUGUUCCCUCCCCCUGCCAGGGAUAAGUUGAACAUAAACACUAAAUACUAAUCAAUUGAACUAAACAUCUAAUAAAAAGACAGGAUGAAAUAAACUGGGGAUUCUUUUAGAGCUAGUCAAUUCCUCUGCAGCAAAGGGACCAGGAGCCACUUGAAUCCUCUGGGACUCCCUGCCCUGUUUCCUCAGGGUACUAAGACUGAGGGGUGUAUUUCCUCCCCUACCCCUAAUCCCCUCAAGAGAAAAGUUGCUUUUUUUGUGUGUAUGUAUGGGAGAGAACAUCAUUUAUUCCUGAUUCAGAAACCCCAAAAACCUCUGGUGGGAGAUAAGAAGAUAAGGCCUAGGUAUUGACCUUGACUUAACCUUGACCCCACCUCAUCUUUUCUUACUGGUUCUGUAGGCCAAUGGCCCUUUCAAUCCUUUCCAGAAAACUUCAGCCCGUGGUGGGUGCUCCAACAUGACAAAGAAGUACCUCAUGGAAGGGACUGGCUCUGUGGGGCUACAAAAGACUUUAAGACCGGCUUGUUCUGAAGUUCACAGCCCAUCUGACUGAGCAGGCUCU